AUGCCUGAGCGAAGACAAUCCCACCCCAAGGUACCCACUGGUCUCGACGAUGAGACCGCCGUCGAGACUCACGACCUCAUCCAUCGCGCCGAGGAAGAAGAGCAAAAGAUGCACGGCAAGGAUGCCUUGACGCAGGAGGAUGACGGUCCUCAAGAAGGCAACCAGCAAGGGCAGUCGGCAAUGGACAAGGUCAAGGGUGCGCUGAAUCUAGGCAAAUAA